AAAACAAGAUGUUCUUUUUCAUAAAAAAACAAAUUAGAUGUACUGUAUAGAGAGCGAAUUGGGGGCGAGCGGAGCGGCGCGGCUAGACAGCCAGAGCCGAGAGUCAUCCGGAAGGUUCGAUCGCCUUGCCGCCAUCCAUCCCUUCCCUUGCGCCCGAAGAAAGAACACGAAGAUUCCCCCAACUGAUUCAUCCAAAAAUAAAAGGACUUGGGUACCCGCAAGGCGAUAGGAAGCCAGUUGAAUUUCUAGUAGUGUUUGCGUGUGAAGGCAGCUGCAGCUUUAGUUCCUCGAUCGGCGGUCUCGGAGAUGGGGUCCGGCAUGAGCCGUGGCCGGCGGCGCAGCUUCGGUGCCGGGGCGUCGGGAGGGAUGCUGCCACUGCUGGCGCUUCAGGUUCUCAUCGAGUACGGCCGCGCGGGCGCCUCCCGGCCGCCCGUGACGGCGGCGUUGCUCGCCGCCAACGCGCUCAUCUACCUCCGCCCCGGCGCGCUCGACGGGAUCCUGCCCUCGCUCACGCGCGUCUCCUUCAACCCGUGGCUCAUCAUCGAGUAUGGUGACCUGGUGCGCUUCUUCUUGUCACCAUUCUACCACCUGAGUGAAAGCCACCUCUUUUACAACAUGACGUCGCUCCUAUGGAAGGGCAUUCAGCUUGAAACAUCCAUGGGUAGUGUCGAGUUUGCUUCCAUGGUUGCUGCAUUGCUUGGCCUGUCACAGGGUAUCACGCUGCUCUUGUCCAAAGGCUUGCUCUUGCUUGGUGAUUAUACUGCGUACUACAAUCAGUACGCUGUUGGAUUCUCUGGUGUUCUGUUUGCCAUGAAGGUUGUACUGAACGCCUGGUCAGAAGACUUUGUCUAUCUGCAUGGGAUGGUUAUUCCAGCGAAAUAUGCAGCCUGGGCUGAGUUGAUCCUCAUUCAGGUUUUCAUUCCUGGGACAUCUUUUCUUGGCCAUCUUAGUGGAAUACUUGCUGGAUUGGUUUAUCUUUGGCUGAAGCGUGCAUUAAAUGGGCCAGAUCCGGUCACUCUUCUGAUGUCAAGCAUUGCAAAAGUCGUGACCUGGCCAGUAAGAUUUGCUCAGAAUCUUCUAUGGUCUGCCCAUUCACAGGGACGCUUUACAGGUCGGGGCAGGGUUGGGCGACGGCAAUCAGCAAGAGAUGCUCCUCGACGGUUAUGGAGAUGCUCAACCUGCACCUAUGACAAUUCAGCUUCCACAGAUAUAUGUGAGAUGUGCAACACUGCACGAGAGGACAAUGCUUUUUCACAGAGACAGGAUCAUCAAGCUGGUGGUAAUGGAGAACUCUCAGUCAAUGAGAUACGCCGAAGGAGGCUGCAAAGAUUUGACAGAUGAUGUAAAUCAUUGUUAUCAGCGCACACAUUGCACCAUGCUAAACAAAGGUCUAUGUAUGUAUGAUACUUGCAUUCCUCUAAUAGAUAGUGCAGGCACAUUUGGUUCUUCUCAUGAUGAGGAAUGUUUACAUAAUUGAAUUUGUCCUCAUUUUUUGAAGGAGACUGUUACUGAUAUAAUUUUAGGUUGUUCAAAGCCUUGGAAGUAAGCAAUUAUUGCCUAAUAAUACAAAUUAUCCCAGGGCACGUCGAAGAAAAAGUGUCAGCAUAUGUGUCACCUUUUAUAAGAGUAUACUAGAAAACUCUGGGCACGGCGUUGCCGCACGUUUCUGAGCUCGCGAGUAUAUUUUUCCAGGUUUAGGCUAGCGUUGAGGGUCUAACCAAGCUGCCUGUUGUACCUUCCAUGUACCAACAACUUUGCUGUGAUGAAGGAGAAUUGCGGUGGUGAUUCACUUGCUCUGGCACUUCAUGUAUGCUAGAUUUGAGUAGACCCAUGCAGAUAAAAGAGAAGCAGAUGCAAGUGUCCUGGUAUU